CCUGCCACCGAUAUUGUAGACUGUACGUACACACACACGCACUUGUGUGGUCGAUGAUGCAGUGUCGGGAGAAUGGGCGGUGAUCAUAACUGAGCACACAAGCGCAAAGACAAGUUGUCGUCUGCGCCCGCUUGAGGCUCAAAUCCAGCGGUGGCUGGUGGACAUCGGGGGGCCGGCGGGGGUGGGGGAUACAUUCGAUAUGGACGUACACGAAAAGUGUAAACUCUCACGCGGGCGCUGAGCAAAGAGGGAGAGCGGAGAGAGAGAGGGGAGAGGGAGCCGAGGGGGACGCGCUGUGUCCACACGGAGCCCUCGAGUUGUGCCGAACAUUCACGCUCCAACCCAUGCCAUGGAAUCGAGGCUCUGCGCGACGCAGACGAGCGAGCGAGCGAGAGUGACACGCGCCUCGCUGUAAUGUUUGCGCGAGUUUAAAUGUCUCACCGAGCGUGCGCGAUGAAGGCGUACGUCUACAGCCGCUUCAUCAUCAUAGCCCCGUGGAUCCUGGUGCUCGUUCUCGUUCUGGAUUUGAACACAGAGCGCAAGCUCAUGAUUCGGCAUUCGAAAGAGCUCUUGGGGCCACCAGAUCCGCAUCCUCCUGCGGCACCUCCAUCGCCACCGCCGUUGUCUUCUUCAUCGUCGUCGUCGUCGUCAUCAUCGGCGUCGUCACCCGCUGCCAUCCCCGUGGUGUACUGCAUCACCCCCACGUACAGCCGCGCCGUGCAGAAGGCCGAGCUCACGCGGCUGGCCAACACGUUCCGCCAGGUGCCGCGCUUCCACUGGCUCGUGGUGGAGGACUCUGGCCAGAAGACGGCCCUCGUGGGCGCCCUGCUGGCCGGCUGCGGCGUGGCGCACACGCACCUCAACGUGGCCACGCCGAGGAGGUUCAAGCGAGCGGGGCAGCCCAGGGCCACGGAGCAGCGCAACGAGGGCCUCAAGUGGCUGCGGAGGAACAGAGCCGCGUCCCGCGACCGGGGGGUCGUGUUCUUCGCGGACGACGACAACACCUACAGCCUGGAGCUCUUCCACGAGAUUCGCAGCGUCCACCAGGUGGGCGUGUGGCCAGUGGGGCUCGUGGGCGGACGACGCUACGAGCGGCCCCUGGUGGAGAGAGGCCGCGUCGUGGGGUGGUACACGGGCUGGCGGCCCGACCGGCCCUUCGCCACCGAUAUGGCAGGCUUUGCUGUGAACCUGGAGGUUUUGCUAUCUCACCACAUGGCCGUGUUCAAGAGGAGAGGCUCGCAGCCCGGCAUGCAGGAGUCCGACUUUCUCAAGCAGAUCACCACCAUGGAGGAGCUGGAGCCCAAGGCAGAUAACUGCACCAAGGUGUUGGUGUGGCACACACGGACAGAGAAAGCUAACCUUGCGAGCGAACCAAAAGAAAACAGGGACAGCAUCAACCCAGAAGUGUGAGCUGCACUGUGACUGCACACGUAUCGUGCACACCCGUCUCAAGUGAACGUACAAACCAAUGGAGUUUUAUAAAACAAUCUAAUGAAGGUUAAAAUGUACGUACGUCC